ACGUGGUUGAAAUUUACAUUAUGAUUGCGCAACGUGAUAAAUGGACUCUUAGAAUUAAAGCCAUUUGCUCUAUGCUUAUUGCCCUUUUAAUUAUAUGGUUGAUCAACAUCUCACCAAGUUUACUCUAUCAUGGUAUAUACAAUAAAAGUUACACCUUAUCAGAGAAUAUGGAACUGAUUCGUGGAAAUAUAUUUGCUUCAAACUCUUCAGAGUUCAAACUGGCUAUGACAUUGCACGAAAUGUAUUCAACAAUUAAUGAAACUUCCAUUCAAAAUCACUCUCUGAGAUUUGAUGUAGAAGAAAACAGACUGAAGAGAUUAUAUGAUUCAUUAAGUAAAAAUAAUUCAGUGAAAACUUUUCUCAGUUAUGGAUCUCAGAAAAUUUAUACACCAAUGAAAUUUUCUAAAUGUUAUGCUUCAAAAUGUACACUUAUUACUGGAAUGGAAAAAUGGCGUGAAGCUGAUGCACUUAUUUUAACAAAAGAUGAACAACCAAAUGGAAUUCGACCAAAUGGACAAUUAUGGUUUAGUUUAACGCAUGAAUCUCCUAAACAUAUAUCAUUGGCAAACACAUUAGAAAAUGAAGUUAACUUUACCAUAUCCUUUCGUUUGGAUUCAACGAUUUAUUCACCAUACGGUUAUUAUGAACCAUAUUCAAAGUAUCAUGGACCAAAAACACGAUAUCCUCUGUCUUCUCGAAAUUUUGCUGCUGGUAAAUCGAAAAAAAUAGCAUGGUUUGUGAGUAACUGUGCAGCCAAAAGUCCUAGAUUACAGUACGCUGAGGAACUUUCAAAAUAUAUCUCAGUUGAUAUAUAUGGUAAGUGUGGUACUAAAAUAUGUCCUAGAAAUUUGGUCAAUGAUCCCUUAAUGCCUGACUGUUUUAAAUUAAUUCGUCAAAACUACAAAUUUUACCUGAGCUUUGAAAAUAGUUUAUGCAGUUGGUAUAUAACUGAGAAGCUUUUUAAGAAUGCAUUAAAAAACGAUAUACUUCCAAUUGUGAUGGGUGCCUCGAUCGAGGAAUAUGAAAGAGUCGCUCCUCCAUACUCGUUCAUUCACGUUGAUCAAUUCGAAUCACCAGCUAAACUGGCAGAAUAUUUGAAGUAUUUGGACAAGAACGAUACUGCAUAUAAUGAAUAUUUUGCAUGGCAUGGUCAUGGGAUCAUACAUGAUUGGGACUCACAACCUCAAUGUGCAAUGUGUCUGCUAGCUCAUACAUCUCAUGCGUUUGGUCCAUAUUGGGUUCCGAGAGUGGCGCGAUGGUGGAAUGAUGGAUGUAAUGAUCGGAAAUUGCGUUGGAAUCCAUGA